AUGCUACUUUUAAGAUGUUUUAUGUGUCUGAGUUUAUUUUUUCUUAAAGUUAGUAAGGCUAUGAUCGAUGCAAGUCAUCCAGCUUUGAUAAAAAAUGCUUUUAACAUAAUUGAAGUCACUGAAGAUAACUAUCCUAUAAUUAGUCAAGGUGUAGAUGGUUAUUAUAAUAUAUUGUUUCUUACGAUGAGAUCAAAAAAUAAUAAUAAUUAUAACUGUCAAAUAUGUGUUGAUUUUGAACCUGUUUAUCGUAAAGUUGCGGCUGCUGUUAGAGAUCAGGCACCUCACUCCAAAGUUUUAUUUUUUAUGGCUGAUGUGAAUGAAGUUCCAAGCCUGGUACAUGAUUUAAAAUUGAAAAACGUUCCACAUGUGGUAUCUUACUCACCACCAAAUGCAAAUAGUGAUUUCUCAUGGUCAAAGUCUCCAUUUUAUCAUUAUCAAUUGAGUAAUCAAAGUGUUAAAGAUAUUUUACAUUUUGGUAACUUUGUUGGAAAAAUGUUACAAAUAUAUAUUCAACUGGAAGAAGAUUUUAAUAUGUUUGAAUUCUUUGGAUAUUUCACUUUCUUUAUUGGAGUUUUCUUGUUCAUUAAAAAAGUGGUUCUUCCGAAUAUUGAUCAUAAAUGGAAAGUUGGACUAUAUCUUUUGUCCCUUUUUAUUAUAUUGAACAGUAUAUCAGGUUAUAAAUUUACACAAAUAAAUAAUAUUCCUUUAUUAGCAAGAAAUGAUGAAGGUAAAAUAAUGUAUUUUAGCGGAGGAAAUUCAUGGCAAUUUGGUAUUGAAAUAUUUUUUGUCUCCGGUAUGUACAUCAUAAUGGGUCUCUUUACACUUUUGUUGAUUUGGUUAAACACAUGGUCUUUUGUUGAUGAUAGAAUAAAGACUGUGCUUUCUAGUAUCUUUGCAUGUGGUGUAUUUUAUACAUUCUCGUAUUUCAUUAGCUGUUAUAAAAUUAAGGAGCCAUUUUACCCAUUUUGA